CGGCCCUGGCGUUCGCCCGCGGGAAGGCAGCAGGGGCGGUUGAGAAGUGAAGUCUUGGCCAGAGUUUGCUUCUUGCCAGGAAAUCCGCGGCGGCGGCGGCGAUUCCCGGCGGAGCGGAGGCCGGCCGGCCCCGCGCUCCCUCAGCGGGCCGCGGAAGUGGAGCCGACUCUGGGCUGCGGCGCCGGGAGCUGGGACGUGCCCGGGCAGGCGCGCUCCCCCGUCUAGAAAAACAGACCUGGGUUUUAGUCAAAUACAUCACUGUCUUUUAAAGGAAAUCAAACCUUUAACGGAAGUCUAAUGUAUGAAGAUACAGAAACUGCUUCCGUUGAUUCAAAAUGGGAACGACAAACGAUGAGAUGGUGCCUGUGGAGCAGACCUCCUCCUCCUCCUUCAAUCCUCUGUGUUUUGAAUGCGGCCAGCAGCACUGGACACGAGAAAACCACUUAUACAAUUACCAGGACGAAGUGGAUGACGACCUGGUCUGCCACAUUUGCCUUCAGCCUCUGCUGCAGCCACUAGACACCCCCUGUGGGCAUACCUUCUGCUGCAAGUGCCUCAGAAACUUCCUGCAAGAGAAGGAUUUCUGUCCAUUGGACCGGAAGAGACUCCACUUUAAGUUGUGUAAGAAGUCUAGCAUUCUAGUUCAUAAACUUCUGGACAAAUUAUUAGUUUUAUGUCCGUUCUCUUCAGUGUGCCAAGAUGUAGUGCAGCGCUGCGACCUGGAGGCACAUCUUAAAAACAGAUGCCCUGGAGCUUCUCAUCAGAGAGUUGCCCUGGAGAGACAGAAAACUAGUAAAACUCAGACGGAGAUCGAGAAUGAAAAUGGAACCACGGUCAUAGAUCUUCCAGCUACUUUAUCACCCGAACCGGACUGUUCAGGGCCGACCCUGACAUCGGCGUCCCUUCCCGCCUGGACGGAGGAGCCUGGCCUGGACAACCCCGCCUUCGAGGAGAGCCCUGCCGGGGACACCACACAGCAGCCACUUAGUUUACCAGAAGGCGAAAUCACCACAAUUGAAAUUCACCGGUCUAAUCCUUAUAUUCAGCUAGGAAUUAGCAUUGUGGGUGGCAAUGAAACGCCACUGAUUAACAUUGUUAUCCAGGAAGUCUAUCGGGAUGGGAUAAUCGCCAGAGAUGGGAGACUCCUUGCUGGAGACCAGAUUCUUCAGGUCAACCACCACAACAUCAGCAGCGUGUCCCACAACCACGCCCGCGCCGUGCUGUCGCAGCCCUGCAGCACGCUGCACCUCACCGUGCUCCGCGAGAGACGCUUCGGCAGCCGCGCCCACAACCGCCCCGAGGGCGGCUCGCCCCGGGAAGAGGUCUUCCAGGUGGUUCUUCACAAACGGGACUCUGCCGAACAGCUUGGCAUCAAACUCGUCCGCAGGACCGACGAGCCGGGCGUCUUCGUCCUCGACCUGCUGGAAGGGGGGCUGGCGGCGCAGGACGGCAGGCUGAGCGGCAACGACCGGGUGCUGGCCAUCAACGGCCACGACCUGAAGCACGGGACGCCCGAGCUGGCCGCCCAGAUCAUCCAGGCUAGUGGAGAGAGGGUGAAUUUAACAAUUGCUAGACCAGGGAAACCCCAGCCUGGAAACGCUGUCCGAGAAGCAGGAACUCAGAGCAGCCAGCACCACGCACAGCCGCUGCCUUACAACAGACCCAGCUCACAUAAGGAUCUUGCCCAGUGUGUUACAUGCCAAGAAAAACACAUUACUGUAAAGAAGGAACCACACGAGUCCCUUGGAAUGACAGUAGCUGGGGGCCGAGGAAGUAAAAGUGGGGAACUGCCCAUCUUUGUGACCAGUGUGCCACCUCAUGGCUGCCUUGCACGUGAUGGCAGAAUCAAGAGAGGUGACAUCUUGUUGAAUAUCAAUGGCAUCGAUUUGACCAGUUUAAGUCACAGUGAGGCUGUGGCUAUGCUGAAGGCCAGCGCCACGUCGCCCACGGUGGCCCUGAAAGCACUGGAGGUGCAGGUUGUGGAGGAGGCCGCCCACGGCCCAGAUGAGCAGCCCAGCACUGUCAGCGAGAAUGAGUACGAUGCCAGCUGGUCCCCGUCGUGGGUCAUGUGGCUUGGGCUGCCCAGUGCCCUUCACAGCUGCCAUGAUAUAGUUUUGAGAAGAAGUUACUUGGGAAGCUGGGGCUUCAGUAUCGUUGGUGGAUAUGAAGAAAACCACACCAAUCAGCCUUUCUUCAUUAAAACCAUUGUCUUGGGAACUCCUGCUUAUUACGAUGGAAGAUUAAAGUGUGGAGACAUGAUCGUGGCCGUAAACGGCCUGUCGACCGUGGGCAUGAGCCACUCGGCGUUGGUCCCCAUGCUGAAGGGGCAGAGGAGCAAAGUCACGCUGACAGUGGUCUGCUGGCCUGGCAGCCUGGUGUAGAUUCUGAAGUUGGUUUUAAGUCAAACAUCUUCCUUUUUUUAGGGCUUGGAAAGAAAACCCUUUGGUUUUGUCGAGUUUCUGUUUGUUAGGGGCUGCUGACACAGCUGGGUAUACGCAGGGUCAAAACCACUAGGCUCGUCCUUUGUUAUUUAAAUGGUUUCCUUCCGUUUGCCAGCUCAGUGCCCAUCUUCCACUAACCCUUGUGAGACCACAUUUUCAGAAUUCAGAUUCUCAGCUGUCAAAAUGUGAGCUAUAAUAAUGAAUGAAGUCUGCCCAAACUGUGAGCCAGCCGGCUGGGUCAGACGACUUCUGGUGGCUCUGUUUUCAAUAACUGAGUCAUAAAAUGAGUUCCACGUGCCCAAGACGGGCAGCGUGUGCUGCUCCUGGGGCGGCAGUGCUGGGAAUGGAUGCGUUCUGAGUUUGGAUAAGCCUUUCCCAGUUUACACCGGUGCCACAUUUCAAAACUUCAUACUGCUUAUAAGGUGAUUUUUCUGGCUUAUUUUAUUUCUACUUUAAUCUCAGUACUCAUAGAUGAAGACAUUAAGUCUGAGACCCCAUAAAGAGAUUUUUUAAAAAUAAUGUACCAUUAUUAGAAUAGUAGAGAAUAAAAGAUAACACUAUCCAGUGACAAAGGAAUUUGGGAGAUAAUUAUAGUUUAGAGCUGGAGAUGGUAAAAGCUGCAUUUACUUGGACAGUCCAAAAGCAUUAAAGAUUCAUUUCCAAAAGAAUGUUUUGUUAUGUAGGAAAAUUUUGAAGCAGUUUUUUGCUAAAAAUCGUUUUCUAGAGUUUGUAUUAUACUCCUAUCAGCAAACUUGGCUGGAAAUCUUUCUGUGAUUUAUGUAAUUAAAUUAGAUGAUAAAAAUGAAACCAUAUUGCUGUUAAAUGCACAUUCAUAUAUAUCACAGCUAAGUAGAAGACACACCUUUUUUAUUUUAUUCUCUUGAGUGUUUUAGAAACCCUUAUUUUUCCCCAUUAUUUCUUUACUUAGUUAUUUCAGGAAAAAUUCUGAAAGAUACUAACAUCUGAAACCUGCUAUGCCAGAUUUUAAAAAAACUUUUCAAUCAGUCCUUGGUCACUAGACUAGCUCAUGUUUUUUGAAAAGUUUUUGAAAACUGACCAGCCCAUUUUGUUUGUCCUUUAACCAUCACGGUUGUCCAUUGGAAGCCCACAUAAAGAAGUGAAUAGGAGGAAAGUCUUUACCUUAUGAAUAUUAUGCAUACUUGAAAAAGUUUCAUUUAGAAAUCUAGUUCAGAAUCUGAGCUAAUUUACAAGUGACCUCUAAUAAACGGUGUUGAUGAUCAGAGAAUGUAUUUCAGAAUACUACAGUAUAUUAUGAAGCAUGACCACUUUAUUUCAAAACUUAGCAGUUGCCUUGCUGGGGUUUAUUGUUUCUGUAGCGUGUCACAGAUUAUUCCAGUGAGUUUUUUAACGAUUUUUUUAAACAUAUCUCUUGACUAAAUAAGAAGUGGCAACAAUAAUCGUUACUGACUUGUUCAACCCCUUAGCGACACUGUAUGCUCAGCAGGUAACCAAGAUACAGUGGGAUGCCCUGUGCAGUAUAUUACUGUUGUGUGACGACUGGCUUUUGAAGCAAUUUGAUAUUGAAAUGCUUUGUUAUUCUAAUUGACAUGGAACAAGUUUUUCUUCCUGCUCCCCAAAUAGAAUUUUGUAGCCUACUUUGCUAUUUUUUAAAACAUUUUGUAAGAAUGCAUCCUUCUUGGGGAGUGGUCACCCAUCAACAAAUAUCCUAACUGCCACUUUGUUAUAAAUAAAAUGCUUACAGCGAACCUGGUGAUAAAAUGAAUAUUUUGAAAGAUGACUUUUUUCCAAUAUUAUUUUUAUCGUGGAAAUCUUGAAAUCAGUUUAAGCUAAUUUGGUUCUAUUAUAAAAGACUAUAACUUUUGGUCAGAAUGAUAUUUGGUGAUGGAAACUUGUUCAUAAUUUAUUGAUACUGUCGAAAUAUUUGAAUUCUCUCAUUUUAAGCUUAGUUAGAUAUUUUGAUUUGUUCUGUGCCUUCAGUUUAAAUUACUUCAGGAUUUUUCAG